CUUGCACCCGGCCCAGAUAUGUGGUUUGCAACUACAGUAUUUUCUCCCACUGGCCGUUGUCUUUUUGCUUUCUUGAUAGUGUCCUUUGAAGCACACCAGUUUUUCAAUUUCGAUGAAAUUCAAUUUAUCUAUCCUUUUUUUCCUUUGUUGCUUUCUGAGCCUGUUUUCCAACUGUAGCUGAUCUCAGAGCCGGGGCUCAUCUCUCCACGCUGACUCCAUGCUGAGAAGCAGUUACACUUUCCCUGUUCCGAGCAUGGGCUCUGGAGCUGGCCUGCCAAUCCCAGUUUACUUAGCUGUGAUCUUAGGUGACAUCUUACCUCAUAGGCUUGCUCUGAGGCUCAAAUGUGUAAAUUCGUGCACAGUGCUUACAACAGUGUCUAAACUGUAUAAACACUAUAAUCUAAGUAACAAAUUAUUCAUUUAAUACAAUUUAGUGUUGUUUUUGUCGUUGCAAUACAACUAUCUCCUAUAGCAUUAUUGACGUUGAUAGCGUACUCUUCCAACUUGGAAGGUGACUACAGUUGACAGAUGAGGCCACUAAGGUCCUCAGAGAGCAUGCCUAGCCCACGAGCCCCCCCAUUCAUGGCAUCUCUGACGUUCAUGCCGGUUUCUUGUCCCAGCAGGUUGGGGGCGCCUGCCCCCUACUAGGCCAAGUGGAGGGGGUCCCUCCGCCCAAUGGGCCUGGCCAGGGCCCUACGCCGCCUGAGCGGCGUCCUGGAGUCGGGGGACAGCCGGGCCGGCGAUGAGGAGGAGGCCGGGCCGGGGCUCUGCCGCAACGGGUGGGCGCCGGCGUUGACGCCCGUGGGCCGGCGCCGCGGACGCUUCGUCAAGAAGGACGGGCACUGCAACGUGCGCUUCGUGAACCUGGGCGGCCAGGGCGCGCGCUACCUGAGCGACCUGUUCACCACGUGCGUGGACGUGCGCUGGCGCUGGAUGUGCCUGCUCUUCUCCUGCUCCUUCCUCGCCUCCUGGCUGCUCUUCGGCCUGGCCUUCUGGCUCAUCGCCUCGCUGCACGGCGACCUGGCCGCCCCGCCGCCGCCCGCGCCCUGCUUCUCCCAGGUGGCCAGCUUCCUGGCCGCCUUCCUCUUCGCGCUGGAGACGCAGACGUCCAUCGGCUACGGCGUGCGCAGCGUCACCGAGGAGUGCCCGGCCGCCGUGGCCGCCGUGGUGCUGCAGUGCAUCGCCGGCUGCGUGCUCGACGCCUUCGUGGUGGGCGCCGUCAUGGCCAAGAUGGCCAAGCCCAAGAAGCGCAACGAGACUCUCGUCUUCAGCGAGAACGCCGUCGUGGCGCUGCGCGACCACCGCCUCUGCCUCAUGUGGCGCGUGGGAAACCUCCGCCGCAGCCACCUGGUCGAGGCCCACGUGCGGGCCCAGCUGCUGCAGCCCCGAGUGACCCCGGAGGGUGAGUACAUCCCGCUGGACCACCAGGAUGUGGACGUGGGCUUUGAUGGAGGUACCGAUCGCAUCUUCCUCGUGUCUCCCAUCACCAUCGUGCAUGAGAUCGACUCUUCCAGUCCUCUGUAUGAGCUAGGACGUGCUGAGCUGGCCCGAGCAGACUUCGAGCUGGUGGUCAUUCUUGAGGGAAUGGUCGAAGCCACCGCCAUGACCACACAGUGUCGCUCGUCGUACCUCCCUGGUGAGCUGCUUUGGGGCCACCGUUUUGAGCCAGUCCUCUUCCAGCGUGGCUCCCAGUAUGAGGUCGACUACCGCCACUUCCAUCGCACUUACGAGGUCCCAGGGACACCUGUCUGCAGCGCCAAGGAGCUGGACGAACGGGCAGAGCGGGCUUCCCAAAGCCCCAAGUCUAGCUUCCCUGGCUCUCUGGCUGCAUUUUGUUAUGAGAAUGAACUUGCACUAAGCUGCUGCCAGGAGGAAGAUGAGGAAGAGGAAGCCAAGGAGGGGAAUGGGAUGGAGACAGACGAUGGGGCUGGCAGCCCCCGAGUUCUCACACCAACCCUGGCGCUGACCCUGCCCCCAUGAUGCAAGCUGAUGUCCCCUUCCCUGUUUGUGCUCCCUCCCAGAGGUAGCAAGAUGGAGAGCCGGAGCCCUCUCCUGGGACGGGGGCGGGUGUUUCCCGAGACCGACAAGCCUGCUGGGUAAAUAUUCAGCUGGUGAGGUUCUGCCAUGCCUGGUGGACUCACCAUGGACAGACUGGACCUUAAUUCCUCUGCUUCUGUGCUUCUUCCUGAGACCCCCUUAUGAGCCCAAUUCCUGAGUCUCACCAGAGCUGAGGGAUCCAGAAUUCUGGACCACCCAAGAGGUAAAGACUGGUGGUUCGAGAUUCUUCUACACAGUUGGGCCUGUGUUGUUGAGAAGGAUCAGAAAUCAAUGGUAUAGACCACCUCCGGGGGAGGAAGUCAGCAGUUCUUUAACAGUAUCAGAGAUCAAGAGUUUGUAGGUCUGGAUUCACCUAAGAUUCAAGGGCUAUUGCUUCUCGAUUCAGUCAACCAAAUAGCAAAUCAUUUGUUCUAGACCACCUAAAGAGGAAAGGUUGUGGAAUGCCCCCAAGUAUUCAAGACUGUCUUGAUUGACCAAAGACAAGGAAUGGUGACUGCAAGUCAAGAAAAGACCUGUGGUUCCAGAAAGCCCAACAAUUGAGAUUCUGUGAGUCUAGGUUGACCACAGAGACAAGCACUGGUGAUUCUAGAACAGGUUUUGUCUAGAGAGUUGAAUUACUCCAGAAACUAGAGUUAUGUUUCUAGAAUGCAUAAAACAAUGGUGAGUUUGUGGGUUAAAACGGCUAAAGUGGCAGACCAGGAGUUCUUUAUAUUAGAUAACUCCAACUUCUGGUUAUAGAGCAUCCGGCUGAAGAGAAUGAGCAGUGCUUCUGAAUGAUCCACAGGGUGGUGGUUUUCUUUUAAGUGCCAUUCUAGAAUGUCCAUAAGGAAUCAGGAUUCUGUGGCUCUAGCUUAAUCAAAAAGUCAAGGAAGGAGUAGCGAUUCUAGAUGUCUGAGAUUUGCUGGUUCCAGUUUGCCCAAUGGGAGUGAGAAUCAUGAUGAUUCUAGAUGACUUCUUGUGCUUCUGUAAUGCCAAAAGGAAUUAAGGCUCCAGGGAUCCAGAGUUUUCCAUUACCAAAGCCUGGACAUUCUAGUUACCUCCCGGUGGACUGCUCAGCAGUUCUGGGAGGUGAACUCCGGACUUGAUGAGCAGCAUUUCUGGGCUGACCUAGAAGGUGAGGGUUCAGGUGAGACCCUGUGGGUCACAGGGCUAAUUAAUUAGUGGGUAAUGGAAAGGGGAGGCCCAAGGCUGGUGAGUCUAGAGUGUUCUGGAAUCCUGCACCUAGUGAUGUGUGUCUAUUUCCUGAAGAUGUUAUAUUAUACAAAUGUGUAUUAUAUAUAUAAUAUAAAUACAGAUAUCUAUCUAUUUUUUCCUCUGGUUUCUACAGCAGGGUUAGAAAUGGAGCUCCAGCUGAUUGGAAUGGCAUCCUUUUGAAGGAUCAAGGAAGCUUUGCUCUAAAUCUUAACUUUGCCCCAAGUUACUGUGUGACUUUGGGCCAAUCGCUGUCCUCUCUUUACUUCACUUUCCCCAUCUUUAAAAAUGGGGCACUGGAACUUGAAUCUCUCUGUGGGCCUUUCCAGUGGGACGAUUCCUCACCCCACUGCGGGUGGAGCAUGGCUGCAGGUCCUGGGAAUUUCCCAGCUUUCCCUGCUGCUGGAUGACAAGGCCUUCCAAGGGCAGCUGGGAUGGAAGAUGCUCUGAACUUGGGUGUCUAAAUCACAGGCAAGGGUAGCAGGGGCUGUGGCUAACAGCCAUGGUCACUUCCUCCAUGGUCUAUCUUGGGGAUCUUGGGAAGGAGGAGGUAGCCUUAAAUGCCAGGGAUGGUCCUACUGUGGGAAAAUGGGUGUUUUGGGGGGGGAUAUCUGUCCCCCAGAUUAAAGAACUGGAAGCCCUGGUGGCUGUG